AUGUCAUACCCCGACCAUCUCUCUGUCAACAAGCCGGCCAAGUCCCGUGCCCGCAGGGAACCCUCCGGCGUCUUUUCGCUCUUUCAGCCGUCCCAGAUCCAGCAGUUCAAAGAGGCCUUUCAGCUCAUUGACCACGACAAGGAUGGCUGGGUCACGCAUUCUGAUCUCACUCAGAUCUUUGCCAGUCUAGGCAUAACACCCACUGACUCUCAGCUCAAAAGUCUCCUCUCUUCUCGUCCAGGCGGUCAGCACGUCUCCUCAAACGACCCCAAAGGCAUCAACUUUACCAUGUUCCUCACCAUGAUGUCCGAGCGUCUCUUUGAAUUCGACACCGAGCCAGAGUUGUUGGACGCCUUUGCGUGCUUUGACGAGAAUGACCAGGGCACGGUCAACGUAAACGACCUCAGGAAAUAUCUCAAGGAAAUGGGCGAUCGCAUGGAUGAUAGAGAGAUUGACAAGUUUCUCAAAGGAUCGUUCACAGACCGUCAGGGCAAUUUCAAUUACAGAGAAUGGGUCAAGGUGUUGAGGGUAAAUGAGGAAGGCGAAGACCAGUAGUCCAUCUGUAGCUAUCCGGGCCGGUUCGAGAAGCACGACCACGAACAACGAACUGAGACCCACAAGCUGGCAAGUCCGAGGGCGAUCUUCCUCUCCGGACGAUCCCACACCAAAAAUAACCCUCCGUGUGUAAAAAUAGUAACAGUCCCUCUUCAAGUGGCUCUCCACCGCCGCUCAUCGCGAGAAUUUCCUAUAAAUAUAUGUGCAAGGGACGCUGGCGGCGCACAUGUAAAAAUAGAAACAGAAGUCUUUGCUUCGCGGGAGAAGCCAAUCGUCCACUCAUGCUCGUUCUUGAGGUCUUUACUAUGCGUGCAAAAAGGUAUUGAUUUCCUUUUUCGGACCUGGUAUUGCCUCCAGC